CUCAAACCCAGUGCAAGGGAACCUGCAACGAGACGGUGUGUUUCUCCUUUGAAGAGCUUGAGUCUCAGAUUCCAGGUAAACGUUGGCGGGUUACGACAUGGCAAACACCAAGGAUGAUGUUGAUGUUAAUAAUAACAUAGACUUGCAGGAAGCAUUGGGGUGCAAACGCAUUGGAGGCAUCUUGUAUGCUGAAUUUGUGACAGAGCGAUCACUGAAUGCUGUUAAAAACUAUGACGUACGUCACGAUGACGUAUGGAUUUGUGCAUAUCCAAAGGCAGGAAACAACUGGCUGUGUGAAAUUGUUAAACUAAUACAUGCUGAUGGUUACAAGGACAAAAUAGAUCGCAGUAGAUUGACCACUCCAAUAACUUACGACAGGUACCUCGACAGAGAGCCCCAGUAUGAAGAGGCGGUGCGAUGGGAGUCACCUAGAGUGUUUUAUUCGCAUUUGUAUGAACCCUUGUUACCAACACAGCUUCGUCAAGGCAAAGGAAAAAUCAUAUUUCUAAUCAGAAACCCAAAGGAUAGCGCAGUCUCCUUUUAUCACUUCCUAAAGCCAAGGAAGUAUCCUAAUUUCUGUUCUUGGGAUGAGUUCGUCAAGCUGUAUGGCACUGAAAACAUGAGAUGGGGUUCCUGGUUCGAUCAUACCAUCAGUUUCGUUAACACAAUGUCAGAUUAUAAGAAUCUUCUGUUGCUGAAGUACGAGGAUAUGAAGUCCGAUACACGUGGUGCUGUCUUAAAGAUUGCGGGAUUUCUUAACAUUUCUCUCAGUGACGAAGCCCUGGAUAGGAUUGUAUCAAAUGCCAGUGUCGCAACAAUGAAGACAACUUUUUUCGUUAACGGCGAGGGAACCUUUGGGGAAAAAACAACGCAUGGAAAAAUCGGUAUCCCCCACAUUAUAAGGAAAGGAACUGUUGGCGACUGGAAAAAUAUGUUUACAACCGCUCAAAGUGGAGCAUUUGAUGAGAUGUUCAAGCAAAGAAUGACCGGAACUCAUCUCCGUCUGCAAUUUGAGUGAGCAGUCCCCAUGCAGCUUUAGACUUCAGUCUCAGAACUUUUAGUUUAUACUUUUAAUUUCAAUUAAUAGAUAAUUAUCACCAUGAACAAAGUUAAUACUCAUAUUUAAAGACCUGUAGACAUUUUUAUACGACAGAUUUGAGGGUAAUGGGGGUAAUACUCUUGAAAUGGGGUCCAAUUUUAUUGAAUCUUGUGGGUUUUGUUUUACUUCGUUGUAUGAGUUCAAAGUCAUUGGCUUAUGUCUGAUGACAAGGUCAAAAUUACAAGUAAAAAGUUAAUAUCGUCAUAAAAUAAUCGUUAAAAAGCUACUCUCGUUACUUUACGAAGCCUACCAGCACCGUACUCACCAUGUACGAAUUAUUUACGUAAUUGAUUUCGUCGGAUAUACUUUCAACUACGUUAACUUCAAUUAUUUGUUGUAAUCAAACCGUGGCAUGCAGAAUAUUGACGUAUAACAACGUCCGUGCCAUACAACGACGGACGAUUAAGUUCACUGUCUUUUAUCCUCUAACUGAAUGCUCCUUUAUAUAUCAUGGCAACUACGAUGACUUAAGUGAAACGCAAAAUCAGUGACGUCAGCAAGAGCGACGGAUUUGUAGUUUGCGAUCUCAUCGCAAGUGUGACAAACGGGACUUUAGUGACGGCCCCUUGAGCCGACUUCACUGACGCGUUUUGAUUAUCGCCAACGCCGACACCGAUUGCUAAAUCGAUUUCACUAAAACUUUUGGGACGGAUCUACUCAGUUUGCGUUUCACCAUAAUAAAUGGGAAAUUAACGUGGGCUGUAGGAGAAUGAUUCAAAAGAGGGCGCUAUCAGAAGUAGUUUGUACACAUUUGUUUGCCGUAUGGGGGACAGAAUAUCUUGCCGCACACCGGAACCGACGCCGUUAUUUCUAACAUGGCCUAAUCCCGCUAAUCCCGCACAAAAUUCAGACGUAGGAAAAAUUAUUGCUGAAUCCUACUUCUACAUACAAGAUUUUUUUUCUUCAUGAUUUUGAUGCUAAUUUUUUAAACCGUUGCAUCUAAGAAUGCCGGGGAAAUAGUGGUGAUCACUGACCUUUGUUUGGAAAUACAUUUAGCUAACACUAACAAGUUUUGGUACUCUAAAGAGUUUUUGUCAUAGAUGUUUUUAACUUUUUAUUUAGACAAUUCUUUCUUUCUUAAUUGAAUUAACAUGUAGAUUAUUGUAUGAAUUAAAUGGAGCUAAGCUGGUUCUUUCUUGGGUAAAACAACAAAAUACUUAAACAGCAACAACAACAGAGUUUGUGAAUGGCAUUACAGUCGACAAAUGAAUCCGUACCCCUGAAAACGGUAAGCCUACUUCACAACCACAAUACUAGCAGAUGGAUUGUACAAAUUUAAGUUUUCCUUUAACUUAUUUUAAAUUAUAAUGUAUCUUUCAUUAAAAAAUUACAACGAACUAGACGAUACCCCCCCCAACAAAAAAACCACAAAAAACAAAAAACUUAUUCUAAAAGAUCAGCUUAUAUAGUGUGUAGGUCAUAUCAUAAUGAUUAUUUCUUGGUAGCGAUGGUCUUUUUUUUAUUGAAAUAAUGAACUAUUUUUAAGGCAGAUAUCAACAAACUUUAAGACUUAUUUGAAUAAAAAAAAAUCUUCUCCAAAAUAGUAAAAAGGGAGAAACCAAACCAGUUAGACCUUUUUCUGCCCUCCUCACCUUUCUGCUCUGGCUCUGGCAAAAAAAAAAACACCCAAAAUAAUAGUUGCAGCUGAACCACAAGAGGGCGACAUUACUGCCGUUCUCCACUGAUAAGACUUACAAAAAGUAGUCAAUCAGAUGCCCAAAUUGCUGAUACAAUACUAACACAGGGGUCACGGGUGAG